AUGCAUAUUGAAGUGCAGGUUGCUCUUAACUUUGUUAUAUCGUACCUAUACAAUAAACUGCCAAGAAGACGGGUCAAUAUCUUUGGAGAGGAAUUAGAAAAGGCAUUGAAAGACAAGUUCAGGGGUCACUGGUACCCCGAUAGACCGUGUCGCGGUUCUGCAUUCCGAUGCUUGAAGACUGGGGGUCCAUUAGACCCCGUGUUGGAAAGAGCUGCCCGAGAAUCCGGUGUCCCUGUUCGAGACGUUCUUGAACAUCUUCCUCGAGAUCUUGCAGUGUGGAUUGACCCAGGUGAGGUGUCUUACCGCAUCGGCGAAAAGGGUGCAGUGAAGGUUUUGUUCAGCAGCGACGAACGUACUGCCGACGAGAGGACUGAUAGAGAGGUAACCCGCGCGUUCAACCCCGAGGCGCAAUGUUUCCGACCCGUGGAGCCAGUAGCGGCCCCUUCACCGCCAGCGCCGGCGGCCUUCUCUCCGGGCCCGCCCUUCCGAGCUCAACCUCUCACUUUCACAACUGCCACCUUCGCUCAAACCAAGUUCGGGAGCACCAAACUGAAGACGAGCAGCAAACGCGCGAACCGCAUGUCUCCCACCGAGUUCAGCAACUACAUCAAGCAGCGCGCGGUGCAGCAGCAGUUGGCGGCGCGGGCGCUGUCUCCGGCGACGGACCCGGCGGCCUACUUCCUAGCGAGACGCGAGAGUGCGCCCUCCGCCCCCCCCGCACCGUACGCUCCCCCCACACACUUGCUCCUCGCGAACUGA